ACGCUCUCCUCCGUUACCAAGGCAGCAUUCUCAAGGCAAACACUAGCUGGGUUAGCUAGGCUGGCCAAUCUGCCAGAUAAUCUUAUAGCUAUAACCUCCGUUUAGCCUCUUCACCUAUUGAACCACAAGUACAGAUAGUUUACUAGAACCCUCGACUCCAACAUAUUACCAUUAGCUUCUAGUCUGUUCGCUGCGUGGCCUAAAUUAGAGGCAUUUUCUCCUUCUGGAUCAUCUCAAGUCUACAAGCUAGCUUAGCAACGUUAGCGUUAGUUUACACAGCCACCAUGGCUGAAUUUGGGUUUAAUGAACAACAUCAGAAUGAAGUCAUCAAUUACAUGCGAUUUGCACGUUCAAAGAGGGUCCUGAGACUAAAGACUAUUGACUCAUGCUUUGAAGAACUCAAAGAUAGCAGGUUGGUGGAGGAGACCUUCACAGUGGACGAGGUGAAGGAGAUGCUGGACGGGCUGCAGGCGGUGGUGCGUGGGGAGGUGGAGAUGGAGCUCAUCAACACAGCCCACACCAACGUGCUGCUGCUCAGGCAGCUCUUCUCACAGGCCGAGAAGUUUUACCUUCGACUGCAGAGCGAUAUCUCAGAGCUGGAGAACAGGGAGCUGUUAGAACAAGUGGCUGAAUUUGAGAAGACUGACUUUAAAACCGCUGAUAAGAUAAACCAGGAAACAAGCAAACCCAAGCUAGCACCGCUGAAUGAAGGCGGGGUGUCUGAACUUCUUAACAAGGAGAUAUCGAGACUACAGGAGGAAAAUGAUAAACUGAAAGCCAGGCUGCGCACUUUAGAAUCCCAGGCAAUGAGUGCACUGGAUGAGAGAACCAAGGCAGAGAGAGCUCUGAAAGACCUUCAGAAGGUUCAAGGUGAACAUCAGCUGGCUUCUCAAUCCCAGGAGAUCAGCAGUCUGGAGGGCACGGUGGCCGCUCUGAGGGACGACUAUGAACGGUCUCUUAGUGCCAACUCGGCCUCCCAGAAGGGUCUGCAGGAGAACCUGAUCUCUGCCAAACACGAGCUGCUGCGAGUGCAGGAGCAGCUGUCCUUGGCAGAGAAGGAGUUGGAUAAGAAGUUCCAGCAAACUGCGGCCUACCGCAACAUGAAGGAGAUCCUGACCAAGAAAAAUGAGCAGAUCAAAGAUAUUAGAAAACGAUUGCAGAGAUAUGAGCCCAAUGAAUGAGUUCUACCCGAGACAGCUGGUUAAACAGACGUCCAGCGGGUAAGACAGGACCAACAUUUACGACUGCAGUUUGGACAAGAAACCAUCAGUUCCACUGCUGUGAGACAAGAGAGACAGAAAAACAAAGCACUCCGACGAGGAAUUGUUUAUUCACGCUUUAUCUGGCAUCUUCAGUAGUUUAUUGGCUUUAGUGAAGAGUGUGAGCGGGGAGGUCGGCAGCACAGCCUUCUUCAGCUGUGCUUCUUUUUCUACGUCUCAGUUUUGGAGCUCUCUUACAGUAGCUAGCAGACUUCCCUCAGUGCUCUAUGCAAUUACUAUCUUGUCCCUAUCGUUUGAAGAGGCCUUGUCCAUUUGCUGAAUUGGACAGAUACGCACUGUCUGCCUGAAGUGUUUCAGUCUUAUCAGAUGGUUAGAGGUGAUAUUUAGCUUUCUAGCACCGGGUAAUUGAUCAUUAAUAUUUUGCUGAUCAGUCUUAAUUUUAGCAGCCCCCUUUUGUAGUCAAAAUCCAAAUAAUGUUGAGUUAGACCCAAACAGCUUCAAACAGUAAUGUUUACUGACCUUUUGAGGUCAACCCUGCUUUAAUUUAUCUAAACAUUUAAUAGCAUUUCACACAACAAUAUUUCCAAUGAUCUGACAUUCUGUGAAAGUCUGAUCAUCGAAAAUAUACCAAAAAUUUCUUGCAUUUAUUUUUUUCCGCUCUUGUAUAUUGAAUGGAUAGUGAUCUAGAAUGGUUUCCCUACUUCCCUACACAAAGGGCAUAGAUUAUUUUUGUCUGGAAUCUUUAACCGUGUACUUUUCGUAUUGCUGUGGCUGAUGGAGUGUAAGAGAAAAAAAAAUGAAUAUAUACAUGAUGUUCAUGAAGUAAUGCUCUUGUAGAGUAUGAUACAUCUACCCUGUAUUACACUAGAUGUGCAUCUGUUUGUAUUGUGCAAAGUAUGGGGUAAUAAAAAGCUGUUAACAAAUAAA